AUGGCUAUCGCAAAGAACCUCCCAAUCCUUAAGAACCACUUCAGAAAGCACUGGCAGGAAAGAGUCAGAGUCCACUUGGACCAAGCUGGAAAGAAGGUUUCUAGAAGACAAGCCAGAGCUGCUAAGUCUGCCAAGUUGGCUCCUAAGCCAAUCGACUCUCUUAGACCAGUUGUCAGAGCCCCAACCAUCAAAUACAACAGAAAGGUGAGAGCCGGUAAGGGAUUCACUCUUGCUGAGCUUAAGGCCGCUGGUUUGACUGCUAAAUACGCUAGAACCAUUGGAAUUUCCGUGGACCACAGAAGAGUUAACAGAUCCACCGAGAGUUUCGAAUCCAACGUUGCUAGACUCCAGAAAUACAAGGACUCCUUGAUCAUCUUUGACAAGACCACCAAGCCUUCUGGUGAGCAAGUUUCCGUUGCUGCUGUCUUCCCAAUCGAGCAGCCUGCUGUUGAAUCUGAGCCAAGAGCUGUUGUUGUUCCAGAACAGACCGCAUACAGAACUUUGAGACUUGCUAGAUCUGAGAAGAAGUACAAGGGUAUCAAAGAGAAGAGAGCCAAGGACAAGGCUGAGGCUGAGGCUGAGAAGAAGAAAUAG